AGUACACACAGAAUAAGGCUCUCUAUGAUAUGACAGACCAGCAGUUGGAGGGUUGCUGCGCUGACUCUGAGGUUGAUGAAGAGAGCUUUCACUUAGAACUGUCUCAAAGGAAGCUGGAUUGCGCUAUAAGGACGAGGAAAACACGUCAAGCGACAGAGAUCUAUCGAACAGAUGGGGUCGAUAGUGGUCUUUUCGAUAGAUUUGAAGAGUUAUUGCAUAAGCCACUGCCUCCUAAUGAUGCUGCAGAUAGCGACGUGUUAUCUGACUUGGGUGUUUCCCCUCAUAAUGUCCCUUCUGAUGCCCCGGUACCUAGUAGAUCAGCCAGUUCUGAUAAUGGAGAGAUGCACUACGGGAGAGGUUCACGAAGAAGAAACAUAUCCUUUUACCAACAGCAUAUAUACACUAUCGAUUGUGUAUCGUACACAUUGGGCAUAGAUACAGCUAGUGCUACUGAUUUGGUGAAAAAGAACCCAGCCCUCAUAGAGAUGUUCCACGAGGGAACUUUGCCACAAUUCUUGAAGACUGGUUCUGCACGCAAGAAGAAGACGAGGAAAAAUGGAAGUAGCAAUGGUAAUAAGGAUACAGGCACCUACAUCAAGGACAUGGAUAUCCAAGACGUUGAUAUACAACAGUUAAGGGCGCAGGAAGAAGAAGAGGAAUCUUACAGUGAGGGGUCAGAACCUUCAACAGAUUCGUCGUCUUCUGAGGAUGAUGAAGAAGAUGACAAUGGGGCAAGUAAUGACACUCUACAACAGAGGAGAGAUUCAUCUACUAUGGACAGUGCCGAUAAAGAAGAGGAUAGCAGCAUUAAUGUUACCUUCAGGGGUAAAACCUAUACAAGCAUUGAUGAACUUGCAAGAGUUUCAAAAUUGCCCAAGUCCUACUUUUCUUCUUUGGGUGUAUUCAAGACAAGUUCAAAGAGAGUGGUUAAGAAGAGAACUCACCUAGAAGACAAACGCGUUGGUGUUGCUAGAAGAAAGAAAAUCAAGCACUCUGCUCAAGAUAAAACAGUACAUGGGUUUGAUUCGAUAUUCACAAAUGAUUCUCAAGGUGAAGAUGGAUUCAAAGAGCUCGCAUCGGUUGGAGAAGUACUGUCCGAUGACGAAGAUAUCCGCAAUGUUCAUCCAAUGCCUGCACUUGAAAUGUUUGAUAACGGAGAUGAAGAAACGACCUUUUAUCCUUCAGGUGUCACCUCGGUGGGUUUUAUCGAUAACGAUGAUGAUCUCGAGACAAUGGAAGACAGAGGAUUCGGGGGCGACAGAAUGCUUGCAUCAGCACCGAGGAAACCACAUGUUUCAAAUGCAAAGAAUCAAACACGUAAAGCCAAUCGUUCAGCAUCACCAAAGAUAUUCAAACGCAAGCACAAUGGUUCUGUGAGUGUGAAAACGCCUACCCAAAGGAAAUCAUCGCCAGACUCGCAGAAGAGGAGUUCCGACAUAAAUGAAAUAUCAAAAACCAAGCGAACGAGAGGAACAAGCAUCGGUACUAUGUUUCCAAAAUCAGUGCCUACGAGGAAACCAGUCGUUAGAGUCCCACUUCGGAAUAUCACGGAAAGCCAUAAUGCAGCCGAAGGAUCCAAGGACAGUAGACGAGACCAUAAUUCAUCCAAGUACUAUUCUCUCCGGCCAACAAGUAAUUCUAUGUUGGGAAGACAUGGACACAUGUCAACAGUGGUAUUUGAAACUUUGGCUGACGACUAUUCAGUUCUACCAAGAAAGUUACCCCAGAGAAAUGUCAUUAAUAUUGAUGAGUACAAUGAUCAAGUCGAUGCUGCACACAUUCAUGAGCAAACAACAUAUAUGAGUCAUUUCAUGAAUUCACAGGCUUACAAUAUUCUUUUUAAAGGGUGUUGCAAUUUUGAAGUAAAGUCCUUUCAAGCAAUAUUUGGCAAAAAGACUCUCAAGUUCUCAAAGUUAUCUUCGAAUGUGAACAAUGAUCUUCGUGAGCUUUUUGACACAUUGAUAGACUCUUCAAUUAUCACAUCCAUACCAAAGCUCACUCUUAUAAAGAACAUCCAGGACAUCAUGGUCUUUUGCUGCGAUCUUGACGUAACACAGGCCAAAUCUUUGAGAUUAAUGGUGGAUAACUUCUAUGGUAACCUUGAAUCACAAAUAAGGGCCAGUAGAACCAUCAGAGAUUAUGAGCUUUACUGUUUGGCCUCGUGUUACAUCUUCUAUAUGUGUGUCAAUAGAAUCUUUGAGACCAAUUACCUCUCAAUCUUUGACUUGAAUCAGAAAUCACGAGAGGUCUUCUCUUUGUUCUUUGAAUUCUCAUCGUACAUCAGUCCUGGGACUUUGAGACGAAAGUUUAAUGAAGAUGGAUUAUUCAGCGAAGCUGUAUCAUUUCUAUUUUCAGGUAAGAACGAUAUGACUUGGGAUGUGUAUGCAAAUUCAGGACUGAAGGAUCUUGGUCUAUUACGAGAUCUUUGUAUAAGAUUCCCACCUCAAAAGGCUUUUUGGCGUAUUAUUUCAAAAAGUGUUCGAAAAUCUGUUGAAAUUGGUGAUUUCAAUGGAGCCGCUAUAUCCUUAAUGUCGAUAAAUGAAUUCACACGUUUGGGAUGGAAGAUUGAUGAAGGAAUAUUGCUGACCAUGUAUGAUAGCAUCAAGGAAAUGAAGUUCAAGAACUUUCCCAUGGAGCACUCACCUCCUGUGAUCCUAUCAAAUAAUGGUUUGAACAGAGAUUCAGUAAUUAACUUGUAUCUCAACUUACUCAUCGAGUUCAGUAAAGUUAGUGGGAUCAAACCAAGGAUGCUGGAAAGGGUGCUUCCUGUGUCUAAGAUUACUUCUUCGGAUGUUGUUAUACUGUGUAAUAGACUCAACAUUAUACUUGUCCUAUCCUUUGCUUCAAGUAAAAACUUGGACUCCAGAUUUUUUGACCUGUUGCAGCAUCAUCAAUUUUCGACAUUGGCAAUUCAGAGAUGUUUCCAGGCACUCAAUAUGCUGAUUGAAAUCAACAAUACGAACAAAUUUGUUACAUCAAUGGGUCCAUUGACUAAAUUCAUCGAAUCUCAUAUCACCGAGAAGGAGUUUCUUAUCUGCUGGUCUGACUUUGUUAGUGGUCUACAACUUGAAAAACUGCUACCAAAAACGCAAUUGAGUUUCAUUCGUGUUUUGACUCACUUCUGUACCAGAAGGGAAGUAUUUGCUCCUUCACAAGUCAUUCUGGAGAAAUACAUUUCUAAUGUACAAGAUAGAAGUAUCUUAGUGACACUCAUGAAUGACUUAAGGUCAAUGGACCCAUCGUCGUCUCUAAAACUGUGGCUAACGCUUUCUGCAAAAACCACUUCUGCUGGAUUAACAAAUUGGAGUAAAUUGAUUCGGUCAUAUAGGUUUGAAGAUGAGCCCAGAAUCUUUGCCUACAUAAUAAAGCACUCAGGGGUUACAGCUUAUAGAGAUGACCGUGAAACUAUUCUCAUAUCACUUGUUAAAAACUUAUUGGUUUCAACCCACUCUCCUAGCAUGAACGCUUUCAUUAGGGAAGUUUCAAAAGUGGAUCCCCUGUUGUUGUCAUGUCAAAAUACCUUGAUACAGACAAAUCGUUUACAGAUCGUGCUAAACUUUGUUCACAAUCUGAUUAACAACGAAAAAGCAGGUUCCCGUAUGAGAUUUCUUUCAUUUUUAAUCAACAGAUUGAAAUUUGAAUUUGACAAUAAUGGUGGAGAUCCACAAUCAUCAUAUGGAAUAUUUGUGAGAAGAGUUGUCGAAUAUCUCAACAUAUAUGCUUCUGAUUAUGUUGGCACGUCCCAGGCUAUGGAGACUUUGUGUGCUAUCUUUGACAUCUCUAAGAGGAAAGCACUUCUCUCAAAUGGUGAGCAAGUUUUCAGAGUUGAUGGAGAGAUCUAUGAGAGUGUCAAAUUUUUACAAGAAAUGCUCAUAUCUUGCUUGGAUAAAGGAAAGGAUUUUUCGGAAUAUCUUAUUCCAAUGAUUAUCCAACAACCAUCGAAGGUGGCUGUCUCAAUGAAUAUUUCUGAUUCUAAGCUAUUUUCUCUUUGUUGCUUAAUUUCGUUGAGCAUUGAAUCAUUGGCUAAGUUUCCUUCAUGUUGGGUUUAUUUGCAUGAACAGACGAGAGCCCUUUUAUCGCUACUCGAAGCUGACAGAAAUCUUCAAGCUGUUGAUUUUUUUUGCCUGAUGAAAACGGUAAGACUAUUACCAUUCAUGUUGUCAUAUCGGAGGGUGUCUUUCCAGAAACUUGAAAGAUCGACUCUUGUAAAUGUCUACGAGUUGUUGAUAUUAACGUUUCGAUUACUUGAUGGGUCAAACGAUGUGGAUUGUUUUACUAGUCUGACCUAUUUGUUCACUGACUCACGUGUGUUAGAUGAGCCUAUUAGUCCCCCAUACGAACCAAACUAUCUCUUCAAGCCACCAUUCAACAUCAAGAAUAUCAUUGCACAUGCGGACUCAAAUAUUCAGGCCAAAUUCAUCAAUGGGGAAGCAAUGAAUAGUCAUCGAUGUUCUCUUUUCGACCUCUUUAAUGAGUUCAAUAUUCUCCUUGAAGCCCAUGCCUCUGGUACAUCACACAGUCAUUCCAUAUACUACUGUUAGUCACAACCAAGGACACUAGAUUAAUAAAUAAUAACGUACAUAUUCAAAGACAUCGGA